AUGGCGCACCGCUUUGACCCCAACUUUACCGACCAUGUCAUUAAUUCGAUGGGUCCCAAAACUCCGCCUCGCUUACGCCAGCUCAUGACCGGCUUGAUCCGGCAUGUCCAUGAUUUUGCGCGCGAGAAUGAGCUUACAAUCGACGAAUGGAUGGCUGGCGUCCAGUUAAUGAAUUGGGCCGGCCAGAUGAGCGAUCACAAGCGCAACGAAGGACAGCUCGUUUGCGACGUUAUUGGUCUUGAAUCUCUUGUCGAUGAAAUCACCUUCACACUAGCCGAUGAGGCUAAAGAUGCGCCAACUGCCACCGCGAUCCUGGGCCCAUUCUUUCGUCCGGAUACUCCGUAUCGCAAGAAUGGAGAUGAUAUCGUCCUCAAUAAGCCCGACGAUGGGGAAAUGUCGUUCAUGCACGGUCGCGUAACGGACUUUUCGACGCAAAAGCCCCUGGCGGGUGCAACCGUCGAAGUUUGGCAGGCGUCAACGAACGGAUUAUACGAACAACAGGACUCGGAACAAACCGAGUUUAACUUACGAGGCAAGUUCCAGACGGACCAGGGCGGCGCUUAUUCCUUCUACUGCUUGCGACCGACGCCUUAUCCCGUCCCAGACGAUGGACCUGCGGGCAAGCUUCUUCAAUUGAUGGACCGUCACCCCUUCCGCCCGGCCCAUAUCCAUAUUCUUGUGACGAAAGAAGGAUAUCGUCCUUUGACUACACAGAUCUUCGAUCGAAGGGACAAAUAUCUCGAGAAUGAUUCUGUCUUUGCGGUCAAAGAUUCGUUGAUCGUGGACUUUGUGGAGCGUCAAGGGGACGAACGCGCAGGGCUUGAACUUAGAUACGACAUAAAAUUAUUUGGAAUCUGA